UAAUUUCUGGAAGGGAAAGAGAGAGGGUGUGGAAGAGAGGAGUGAAUUUAAGUUUGUAUGGAAAACGGAGUGAGAUGAAAAGUAGUUAAAGGAAGAGAAAGAGUGGUUAAACCCCGUUUUCCCCUCCCUAACACUUUGAAUUGGGAAUAUAGAGAUAAAGGAGAAGAGAAUGAGAAUGAUGAAGAGAAGAAAAUUAUAAAAACAUAAAAAUAAAUAAAAUUAAGAAAAAGAGAGAGAAAGAGAAAGAGAAAGAGAAAGAGGAGAGAGUCAAAGGGGUUUCCCCACCAAAAUGGAACUUACAGAUAUGCAGCAACAAAGCAACAAGCAGCAGCAGCAGCAGCAGCAACAUCAUCAUCAUCAUCUUCUUCUUCACCAUCACAACCAAACCCAAAAACUUGCCUCUUCUCAAUCUCAAUCUCAAUCUCAAUCUCAAUCUCCAUCCCCAUCUCCAUCUCAUGGACACCCUUUUGAUGCCAGAUCACCACCUUCUUCUGCUGGAGCAGGAGGAGGAGGAGGAGGAGGAGGAGGACCUCCAACUUUCAUGGCUUCUACCUCUUCCUCUGCUUCCACCCACCAACUCGACGCAUCGCUCGUCAUCGCCACCAGAUCAGACACUACUGCCGCCGCCGCCGAUCCUUCUCCUCGAUCUACCUCUACCACCAACGCUAACAAGCGUUCUACUAAAGAUCGUCACACGAAAGUCGAAGGUCGUGGCCGUCGCAUCCGUAUGCCGGCCACUUGUGCUGCUAGGGUUUUUCAAUUGACGCGUGAAUUAGGCCAUAAAUCCGACGGUGAGACUAUUGAGUGGCUUCUUCAACAAGCUGAGCCGGCUAUAAUUGCCGCCACUGGUACUGGUACAAUUCCGGCUAAUUUCUCCUCCUUGAAUAUCUCGAUUCGUAGUAGUGGAUCUACUCUCUCUGCUCCUCCUUCCAAAUCCGCUCCUCAUUCCUUUCAUGGCGCUGCUUUGGCUCUCGCUCAUCAUCCCCACGCUUACGAAGAAGGCUUCGCACAUGCUGCUCUGUUAGGGUUUCACCACCAGCAACAGCAACAACAACAGCAUCAGCUCAACUUAAUGACCGCUGAUCAAAUCGGCGAAGGGUUGCCUAGCGGCGGAGGAGGAGAAUCAACGGAUAACUAUAUGAGAAAACGAUUUAGAGAGGAUUUGUUUAAAGAAGAUACACAAUCUCCAGGGGAAAGUAGUGGAGGCGGUGGAUCUCCUAAAGCAAUGAAGAGCGAUCUGCAACUAGAGAAACAACAACAACAACAACCAUCAGCGUCUUCUUCAUCGGGACUACUCCGACCUGGAGCCGCGAUGUGGGCGGUGGCGACACCAGGUCCGAGCAGUGGAGCGAGUAACACGUUUUGGAUGUUGCCGGUGACGGCAGGUUCCGGCGGGGGAAAUGUAGGGAAUUCUUCUGGAGGCGGCAGCGGCGGCGGCGGCGGUGGUGGUGGUGGGGGAUUGGAAGCUCAUCAGAUGUGGCCAUUUUCGACGAGUGGUAACACAUUGCAGGCGCCGUUGCAUUUGAUGCCGAGAUUUAAUAUACCUGGAGGUGUGGAAAUUCAGGCAGCGGCGGCGGGAGGAGGAAGAGGCGGCGGUGGGCAAUUGCAAUUGGGUUCGAUGUUGAUGCAACAAGCGACGGGAGGCGGCGGUGGCGGUGGUUUGGGGGUGUCGGAGACGAAUUUGGGAAUGUUGGCUGCUCUUAAUGCUGCUUAUAAUUCAAGAUCAGGAAGUGGUUUCAAUAUCAAUUCAGAUAAUCAUAGCUUGGAGCAUCAUCAUCAUCAUCAUCAUCCUCAUUCUCAUCCUCAUAAUCCUCAUCAUCCUCAUAAUACUAAUACUGAUCAUAAUAGUGGAGAUGAAGCUCCAAACACUUCCCAAUGACACAUUUACCAAACCCCAAAUUCCACUUGGAAGUAAGUGUUAUAAUUCUUUGUGUAUAAAAUCACAUUCUAAUCAUGCGCAUUUUCCCCCCCUUCUUCAUAUAUCUUCUCAACAAGAACCAAAAUUCAAGUUGUUUUAAUUAUAUAUCCAACUUGACUAUUAGUUCAACUGGCCGUAUAUGAUGAUCAGCGUUAACUAUCAUCAACUUGGAAGUAAGUUGAAAGAUCCCAAAUUCAAAAGCAUUGUUUAUCAUGUGGGGGUGAUUUCUUUUUGGAUGUUUUUAUUGAUUAUGAGGGUUUUUCUUUUUUUGUUCUUUUUUUUAAUAUUGAUGAUGAAGAUUAUGAGGAUGAGAGAGAGAAGGGUAGUUUUGUUUGAAUUUGUUUUGUUUGAGAUGUAUUUUGAUGGAAGAUUAGGUACAUGAUUGAGAGUGAGAAUGUAUAGGAGGAGAGAGAGAGAUUUCUAUUCUAUAUAUUAUAUGUUUUUAAUAAUUAUAAUUUAUUUGCCUUU